AUGGGACCCGCCAUCCCCGCCGCUCGCGGUCUGGGCCCGCUGCCGCUGUUGCUGCCACUAUUGCUGCUGCUUCUGCGCGCGCAGCUCGCCGUCGGGAGCCUGGCCGGUGGGAGUCCCAGCGCUGCCGAGGUCCCAGGGUCUGCGCAGGUGGCUGGACUAUGCGGGCGCCCAACCCUUCACCGGGACCUGCGUACCGGCCGCUGGGAACCAGACCCACAGCUCUCACGACGCUGUCUCCGGGACCCGCAACGCGUGCUGGAGUACUGCAGACAGAUGUACCCGGAGCUGCAGAUUGCACGUGUGGAACAGGCGACACAGGCCAUCCCCAUGGAGCAAUGGUGCGGGGAUGCCCGAGGUGGCCGCUGUGCCCACCCCCACCACCAGGUUGUGCCUUUCCGCUGCCUCGAGGGUGAAUUUGUGAGCGAGGCCCUGCUGGUGCCUGAAGGCUGCCGGUUCCUGCACCAGGAGCGCAUGGACCAGUGCGAGAGUUCCACCCAGAGGCGUCAGGAGGCACAGGAGGCCUGCAGCUCCCAGGGCUUCAUCCUGCAUGGCUCGGGCAUGCUUUUGCCCUGUGGCGCGGAUCGGUUCCGAGGUGUGGAGUAUGUGUGCUGCCCCCCUCCAGUGACCCCCAACCCGUCUGGGACAGCAGUUGGGGAUCCUUCCACUCGGUCGUGGCCCCCCGGGGGCAGAGUUGAGGGGGGUGAGGAUGAGGAAGAGGAGGAAUCCUUCCUACAGCCAGUAGAUGAUUACUUUGUGGAGCCCCCACGGGCUGGGGAGGAGGAAGAGGAGGAAAGAGUCCCACCCUCAAGCUCCCAUCCCCCUGCAGGGGUCAGCAAAGUGACCCCCACCCCGAGGCCCACGGAUGGUGUGGACGUGUACUUUGGCAUGCCUGGAGAAAUCAGCGAGCAUGAGGGGUUCCUGCGGGCCAAGAUGGAUCUGGAGGAGCGCAGGAUGCGUCAGAUUAACGAGGUGAUGCGUGAAUGGGCCAUGGCGGACAACCAGUCCAAGAACCUGCCUAAAGCCGACAGACAGGCCCUGAAUGAGCACUUCCAGUCCAUUCUGCAGACCCUGGAGGAGCAGGUGUCUGGUGAGCGACAGCGCCUGGUGGAGACCCAUGCCACCCGAGUCACUGCCCUUAUCAACGACCAGCGCCGGGCUGCCUUGGAAGGUUUCCUGGCGGCACUGCAGGGGGAUCCGCCUCAGCCAGAGCGCGUCCUGCUGGCCCUGCGGCGCUACCUGCGAGCAGAACGGAAGGAGCAAAGGCACACGCUGAGGCACUACCAGCACGUGGCUGCCGUGGACCCCGAGAAGGCCCAGCAGACGCGCCUCCAGGUGCAGACUCACCUUCAAGUAAUCGAGGAAAGGAUGAAUCAGAGCCUGGGGCUGCUUGACCAGAACCCCCGCCUGGCUCAGGAGCUGCGGCCUCAUAUCCAGGAACUCCUCCACUCUGAACACCUGGGCCCCAGUGAAUUGGAAGUCCCUGCCCCGGGGGGCAGCAAUGAGGACAAGGGUGGGCUGCAGCCCCUGGAUUCCAAGGAUGCAGACACCCCCAUGGCCCUUCCAAAAGGGUCCACAGAACAAGAUGCUGCAUCCUCUGAGAAGGAGAAGAUGUCAGCCCUGGAGCAGUAUGAACGAAAGGUGAAUGUGUCUGUUCCAAGGGGUUUUCCUUUCCACUCAUCGGAGAUUCAGAGAGAUGAGCUGGCACCAGCUGGAACAGGCAUGUCCCGAGAGGCUGUGUCUGGUCUGCUGAUCAUGGGAGCGGGUGGUGGCUCCCUGAUCAUCCUCUCCAUGCUGCUCUUGCGCAGGAAGAAACCCUACGGGGCUAUCAGCCAUGGAGUGGUGGAGGUGGACCCCAUGCUGACCCUGGAGGAGCAGCAGCUGCGUGAACUGCAGCGUCACGGCUAUGAGAACCCUACCUACCGCUUCCUGGAGGAACGACCCUGA